AGUUGUUUAGGGCCAAAUAGUUUAGCCCAACCCCUCACACUCAGAGGUUGAAGGGAAAGGGUUGAGCCGAGGUGUGAGGUGUGAGGUGCCGGCGUUGCUCUUUCUCGGAGACAUGGAAAACGACGACGUCGACAUGCAAGCAGCCGAUACCAAUGAAGCAGAUUUGGAUGACAUGAAGAAGCGCUUGAAGGAGAUGGAAGAUGAAGCUGCUGCUCUGCGAGAGAUGCAGGCUAAGGUCGAGAAGGAGAUGGGAUCCGUGCAAGAUCCUGCAAAUGCUUCUGCGAGUCAGGCCAAUAGAGAGGAGAUAGAUGCUCGAUCAGUCUUUGUAGGCAAUGUGGACUAUUCAUGCACUCCAGAAGAAGUGCAACAGCAUUUUCAGUCUUGCGGAACCGUAAACAGAGUCACCAUUCGAACUGAUAAGUUUGGCCAGCCCAAGGGUUAUGCUUAUGUAGAGUUUGUUGAGGUUGAGGCUGUUCAGGAGGCCCUCUCGCUGAAUGAAUCUGAACUUCAUGGGCGCCAACUAAAGGUAACCGCUAAAAGGACCAACAUACCAGGGAUGAAACAGCAUCGUCCCCGCCGGGCCAAUCCUUACAUGGGGGGCUUUCGAGGCAGAACCCCAUAUGCCCCUCCUUUUAUGUAUUCUCCAUAUGGAUAUGGAAAGGUUCCAAGGUUCAGAAUGCCAAUGCGCUACAGCCCCUACUAUUGACUGUUCAAUUCUGGUAGUAUGGACUGAAUGACACCCUUCACCCCCAUGUGUACUAUCAUGGUCGGAGUUUUGGCCAUUGAAUGUGAGGGAGUGAACAUCCAACACCCUGGAUUCAUUUGGUUGGUUCUGUGAGGAUUAAACAUUGACUUACCAGCAAACCUUGUAAAAUUGUGGUGUUUGCACUUGCAUCUGCGUUGCUUUAGUAUCGGCAUAUUAAAUUAAGUUCUUGUAAAAGUAUCCUUCACAAGUGUGGUUAAUACAUGGGUUUUGCGUUUAUCUGUUUUA